CGCAGCACGGUCCGUGACAGAAAGUAACUUCAACAAAUGAAAUCACGGCUAUAUACCACGAAGGGAAACUAAACGCUACUAUAAGGCAAAGGAAAGCUUUGCCCAUAUGAAGUAUGUCUGCCAUAGUAAGCUGGUCAUGUGACUGUCAGCCAUGGCUGGGACGGGAGCACGCUGAGCUGUAGCAGCUGCUGCACUGGUCAUGUAUGUGGCACGCCUGUGUGUGUACACCAUAUGCAGGUUACACAGCAAUAAAGUUUUAUUGAAAAUGACGAUUGGUUCAGAGCUUCCCAAACCCGCAAGAAUGGCUUCUGGAUUGGCUGCCAGCAGAAAUCUUUUGCGAUGGGAUUUGUCACCAGAGCUCAUACAAACCAGAACAGAAGAACUCAUUUUGAGAACAAAGAGUGUUUACGAUGCUGUUGCUGCCCUGGAGAUUGAGAACAUCAGCUAUGAGAACACUGUAAAAGUUUUAGCUGAGCUGGAACUUGAGUAUGCAGUGGAAAGGAGCGUGUUAGAUUUCCCCCAGCAUGUGUCACCUUGCAGGGAAGUGCGUACAGCCAGCACGCAAGCUGAUAAAAGGCUGUCUGAUUUUGACGUUGAAAUGAAUAUGAGAGAAGAUAUAUUUAAGAGAAUUCUCCAUUUUCAUCAAACACAAGAUCUGGAGAAACAGCACCCAGAGGUCAGACGGUUCUUGGAGAAGUCUGUUCAGAUUGGAAAACGUAACGGUCUCCACCUUCCAGCCGAAGUACAGAGUGAAAUAAAGAGUAUGAAAAAAAUGAUCAGUCAGCUGAGUAUCGAUUUCAAUAAAAACCUCACCGAGGACAGCACGUAUCUACUGUUUACAGAAGCAGAACUCGACGGUCUUCCCGAUGAUUUCCUGGACUGUCUAGAAAAGACAGACUGCAACACUUAUAAAGUGACUCUCCAGUAUCCCCACUAUUUUCCUGUUCUUAAAAAGUGUUCUGUGCCUGAAACUCGGAGGAAAUUGGAAACCGCCUUCAACAGUAGAUGUAUGGAGGAAAAUACAAAAAUUCUGGAGCAACUAAUCAGACUUCGGGCUAAGCUGGCAGAGCUGCUGGGGUACCAGACACACGCUGACUUUGUCCUUGAGCUAAACACAGCGAAGAACACAAGCAAUGUCUCUACUUUUCUCGAUGAUCUAAAAACAAAGGUAAAGCCGUUGGGGGAAGAAGAAAAGUUGCUUAUUUUGGAGAUGAAAAGAAGAGAAUGCGCGGAGAGAGGUCUGGAGUUUGAUGGGCGAAUCAAUGCAUGGGACCUGCACUACUACAUCACUCGCAUCCUGGAGACAAAGUAUUCUGUGGACCUAGACAAACUAAAAGAAUACUUUCCUAUGGAGACCGUCACAGAAAACCUGCUGCGCAUUUACCAAGAGCUCCUUGGGCUCCAGUUUGAAGUUGUGAAAGAUGCACAUGUGUGGCAUGAACACGUGACUCUGUACACCGUGUAUGACAGUGCUACACGUGCUGUUCUGGGACAGUUCUACUUGGACCUUUAUCCAAGGGAAGGAAAGUUUGGGCACGCUGCAUGCUUUGGACUACAGCCUGGCUGUCUCCUCCCUGAUGGAACCAAGAUGAUGUCUGCAGCAGCGAUGGUGGCGAACUUCACCAAGCCUGCUGCCACUCGCCCCUCUCUGCUGCGACACGAUGAGGUGAAGACCUACUUCCAUGAGUUUGGGCAUGUUAUGCACCAAAUCUGUGCACAGACAAAAUUUGCUCGAUUUAGCGGCACCAAUGUCGAGACAGAUUUUGUUGAGGUUCCAUCGCAGAUGCUGGAGAACUGGGUAUGGGAGAAAGAAGCCUUACAGAGAAUGUCUGCACAUUACAUAGAUGGUAGUCCAGUUCCUGAUGAACUACUGGAAAAACUAAUUCAAUCAAGACUAGCCAACACAGGUCUUCUGACUCUUCGCCAGAUUGUUCUCAGUAAACUUGACCAGUCUCUCCAUACAAAGACGUCGGCUGAUCCUGCCAGUGAAUAUGCCAAGUAUGCAGAGGAGAUUCUGGGGAUAUCCGCUACUCCAGGUACAAACAUGCCGGCUACUUUUGGCCAUCUGGCUGGAGGAUAUGAUGGACAGUAUUAUGGCUACUUGUGGAGUGAGGUCUUCUCCAUGGAUAUCUUCUAUAGUUGUUUCAAACAGAAAGGAAUAAUGAACCCAGAGGUUGGAAUGAAAUACAGAAACCUUAUCCUGAAACCCGGAGGUUCCGUGGAUGGAAUGGAUUUGCUUCGAGAAUUCCUAGGUCGUGAGCCAAACCAAAAAGCCUUUCUCCUGAGUAAAGGACUCAGCCUAUAAAGUUUAUUAGUAGACGUGUAGCCUGAAUAAAAAUAAGGAAUCAAACUAAUUGGAAAGUCUAAAAUACAGAACAGAACCCUUUUCUGAAGCAGAAAUGUAGCUGUUCUUUGUAAUUUAAUAUACAGAAGUAAACUUCUAGAACCCACUUAUUUCACUGCCCACAGUUGAUAACCACCAAGCACAAAUUACAAUACAGUUGGAUUGUGCGACACUCGUUAUGCAUAUUGUGAUGCACCUCUUCACGUGUUUAAGUGUUUAUGAUAUGGCGCGUUGCAGAUGCGGCACAUAUGAUUGAAUAAUGCAUGCAUGGUUUGGGAUUUAUGCCUGUUCUCGCAGUGGAAGCUACUUGAGGUUCAUUGAUAAGUGACCAUUUCACAGAAUUUAUUAGUAGACAAUGUCAUUAUAGCAUCAUUAAACAAAGUUGAUCUGCGAUGAAAGGUGUUUUAUGGUAUCCACAAGCAUGAAUGUCAAGGUUCCCACUGUAUGACAAAACGGAAUGGGUUUCUUCAGUUUUGGAGAACUGCUCCCACCCUCCUUUUUCUCCCCAGUACCAGCUAAUGUCUUCUGUUGUUCCACUUUAUAAGCACAGGAGGACUCCUCUAUGGGGUAUAUGCAAUUCACGGCGAAUCGCGGCAAUUUUUCGCCGUUUUUUAAUUCGACUAAAUUCGCCAGGUGAAUUCCGGCAGGUGGCUGCCGGAAUUCACCAUAUUCAAUGAAAAACGGAUUCGCCAGAAUCGCGGGCGAAAAUCGGCCGAUUUGGCGGAUUUUGCCGCGAUUUUAAAAAACGGGAA